GGACUGCUCGAAGCGUCCGGCCUCCUGCAGCGGCAACGCUCGGGCCGCGGAUGUCGAGUAGGCCGUUGUGAAAGCGCACGCGGGUCAGCAGACCCGGUGCCCGCCAGUAAACGUGGUGGUGCUAGCUUCUCGGAGGGCUCGACCAGGAGAAGCGGAAGAAACCACAAGGGAAAGAAGAGACACGGAGGAGUGGCGAAACCCGGUUUCCUCUUAAGGCGUUCGAUACAAACUCAUUUCCAAAAAUUUGUGUGAUCUCGUUUUCCUCUACCUAGCAUUCGGAUGAUAUUCUGUGCUUACCGGAAGCGAUUCAGGUUAACUUCAUAAGACAACCUGAUCCUCUUCUAAUACUGGUUUUAGAACACCUAGCACUCGACCGACCCUCACCUGAGAAUCUGCUAGCUUGGAUGGGAAAGCAUGGAUCGCCCGAGUUCACUGACUUCUCCAGCUGGGCGCAGGCCGGCCACGCAGUGUUCAGUUUCGCUGAGCAAGAUAUGCACUUUCCGGUGCUCACGGUGUAUGGCAGAGGGCUCUGUCUUCUGAAAGCAAUGAAGAAGCGUGCGGAUGAUCGUUGGGAGCAAAAACGUUUACCGUGGUGGUAUGACGUGCGCGUGUUCUACAAUUCUCGCAACGACCGCGCACGGAUUGUUUUCGGCCCUUGCGACGCCGAAACUUAAGAGGUGCGCCAUGAUUGCAUGCAAGGGUAGAGCGAUCCACUGUGAUGUCUUAGUUUUUAGUAGAACCUCUUUCUCAUCCUCAACGCCACACAUCCGGAAAGUUGAUCUCACUUCUAUUAUAUUAGAAAACUACUAUUGAUGAAAAUUUUUUUUUGAGCAAACAAACUGUUUCACAAGUUAGUUGGUCUAAGAAGCAGUUCUUCCGAGAGUGGCCGAGUCGAUUCUACGCACGAAGGGAGAUAGCAAGCCGGUCUAUCUGCAUGGUCUCUUUCCGGACGAAUCAGUGGUUCUAUUGUCAGUGCUCCGUGUUUCCGCCUUAAAUGAGGGAGAUCUUCCUUAAGGCUCUCUCUGAUCCAUCUCUAUAGGGAUCCCUCAAACAUAUGCACUGAAAUACGAGGGAGAAGAUGCUGAAGCAUAUGUUUGAGGGAUCUCCGCAGUGACGAGUCAACUGGGGAGGGGUCUAAGCUCCCGGCGUUCCCUCCAGUGCUCGCGCAGUCUUGUCGAGGAAACUUACCGAACCAGAGGCGAUGGAGCAGUUGGAGCAGCUCUUGCGUCGUGGCCCUCGAGUGGAAAAUGGAAGUUACGGUGCUUCUCAAUUUGUGCCCGCAUCUGCCUCUGCUGCAACGUGGCGAGUGAGUCAGGAUGGACCACCUGACGCAGAAGCACACGAAACUAACAGUCCUGACGCUCACGACGUCCCGGUUCCCUUUGCUGGGUUGUUGUCGAGUACCCGGAACAUUAAGGCGAAUAGAAAUUCAUCUCAAAGAACCUUUGGCGAAGCCCGUUUUUUAUCAAGAGAAAACGAGCAUGGCCAUGCUGUGCUCAUUCAUUGUAUCUAUAAGAUGGAUCCUGAUCCUUAAAUUUGUAGUUCUAAGAAGAAUGCGCUCGGUUUUCGUCAUUCCGCACCUGCUGAGCACGAAGAGGAGCGGAGCCCAUCACCAUCUCCAGUUUAAGCUGCGCAUAGAGUGCAACCAGUCUUCCGUGCCUAGUGAAGUGAUUAAGCAUGUAGAUUCCGACCUCCUGUGUUAGAGUUCAUGAAGAUUUGAUUUUGUCCAAAGUAAGUAAAACUGUUGUUACCACAUUGUUCAUACUUCUUCGUUGCAUUAGAGAGGUAAAGAACCCAACGAAAGAAUGAGAAAUCACAUGACCGCUGACUGAAGAACAGUCAGGAUGGUGAGUUGUGCGUGGAAUUCUAAGCAAUGCUAGGACUACCGCCACAAUUUCUUCGCCGAAAUGGUGCCUACUUCGAUUACGCUUGUGGGAAUAAAUACAUCUCUAGACUCAUCUGGAAGAUGGAAAGACGCAGAGAAACCUGUCCAGAUGAUUUCUCCAGAGAUGCACUCUCUGACCUUCUAAUUGGAUCGGGACUUGUAUAAUCCAAUCGAUGCGAACGCGAUAGCGCAGCUUCCUCUUUUUCAAAGCAGUGGCGCGACGAUGACGGCCGCUCCUCAUGACGGAGGUCGUUCAUUUCCUUUCGUCGACGCCUCUCCCGAGCAGACUUACAGCUUUAGUCUGUGAAGACUUACGUUGCUGCAGCGUGAGUGGUGCCCAAUGAGGAGAUUGUUUGGGUGGUGCUUUCCGAUGUCUUUCGGCUUGCUUUUAUGAGAAGCGGCGCCGGAACCUGGAGGUGGAAGCUGGUGGAUGCUCGCGUAGGCCAUAGUUCAUCACAUUUUGGGGGCUUCCUGAGGUGUAGGGGAUCCUAGUUCGCACCAUUUAUGAUCUAAUUCUACCUUCCUACCCUUUCUUUCUUGUUACCAUUCGUUGGCACCCAGGACGUACGAUCUGUUAAGUGAGCUCUUUCGAUUGUUUUUUUCGUGCGCGUGCAUGUCCAUGCACUAUCUCAGCCAGAUUACUAGUACCUACUUGAUAUAGUUUUUCAAGACCUUGUAUGACAGAUGAAUUCAAAGUUGUUUUCAGUACUUUCUGAUAAACUUGUAUGAAGGAUGAAUCUAUCACUGAAGUAGAAGAUGUUUUUACUUGACUCAUGUAUUUACUUCAGCAGUCAUAACAUAGAAGUAGUAACAUCGUAAUCAUCAUGCGGCGGACGGUAACCCCAGCCGAACAGCACAGCUUAUUCUGCUAAACUCGAACGCGAAUUCCGCAUAUUAGAUAUUCACAUGAUGGGUCGGUGUGUAACACAGGUUCUCCUAUGGUAUGAAAUGUAUGCGAAGUAUGCCGAUCCGGAACUCCUCUCUGGCGAAUCUCUUUCGUGGUCCUCCAUGUGGAGCAGCGAGAACGAUUUUAAGUGUGAAACGGACAGGCGUUUUUUGCGUGACCAGUUAAUGGAGAAAUCUUUUGCUUCAAAGUAUGCUAAACGGGUUCAACUUUGAACUGUCGUGAAGACAUUUGCUAUGUCGAGACGAGUAUUUCUUUAUAUUCAGAAAAUUUGAGAAUCUAGUAAAAGUAAAAAUCUGACCAUUUGUUGCAUAAAGCAUAAUGUAAAUUUUUUUGUACAGAAAUAGACAUGUUGUAGUUUGUGGGGCCAAUGACGCUCCUACUGUUCAACGUCCAUACUUUUACAGAGAUUACUUUUCUUACAGAUGUGAAUAUGACUACAACAAGCUCGAUAGAUGAAGAGCACCAGACUUCAGGUAGUACAGACGAGAUACACAUAAUCUGAGAAUACAGACGGAAUCUGAGAAUACAAAUGGAUUUUCUAAAUAGAUACUGAUAUGCAUGAUCGUAGAAUAGGUAAAGGGUGCCACUUGAGCACUCCUGUUGAAAUUGCGAAACAACUAGAGGUGAAGAAAGGUUCAGUUAAAUCAUUAGUAGAGAAAUAUGUCAUGAUACAUUUGAAGCAUUUACUUUUACAAACCAAUCUUUUUUUGAGUCACUCGAUGAGCUGCAGCUACCGACGCGUCAAUCGUAUAAUCUCCUUGUCUAUUUACACUUAGUUACCGACACUAUUGACGAAAAUUACAGAACCCAAAUACCUUCACCGUGUCCCUUUUUUACAAGCUGAAGAAGUCUUGUCUUCUAAUGAUUUCUAGGCUGUCGAAAAUGCCUGUGUAAAGAUCGAGUAAUUGCAUUUCGUCAAUAGGAUAUCAUUCACCGACGUUUUCAUUUUGAUGGGAUCGUCAUUCGCCUGACCACGUCAGAUAUGAUGUGCAAGCUUCUUCGGAAACCAGUCCGCAGGUUCUCCAGACUGAUAAAAAAGAGCCAUUGUGGCGCAAUCAUUCUCGAAAUUUGCAGACGAAGUGGUCCUCAUCCUUCCGAAGAUUCAAAUGCGUUUCAACCCG